GGCAGGGAAACAGGGGAGGCCUGGAAAUUGUUUCUCUGUCCCUGCCUGCUACUCUCUGCCCUGGGUUUGGGGCUCUCAAGCACCCACGGAUGGCGUUCCCGGGCAGGGUGUGCCCCUAUGUUAUCCCAGAGAAUGAAGAAAUCCCCCAGACAGCUCUUAACAAUGUCCACCAGGCUAAUGGCAAUGAAGACGAGAGGGCUGUGUCCAAACUGCAGCGCAGGCACAGUGACGUAAAGGUCUACAAGGAGUUUUGUGACUUUUAUGCGAAAUUCAACAUGGCCAAUGCCCUGGCCAAUGCCACCUGUGAGCGCUGCAAGGGGGGCUUUGCGCCCGCCGAGAAGAUAGUAAACAGUAACGGGGAGCUGUACCACGAGCAGUGCUUCGUGUGUGCCCAGUGUUUCCAGCAGUUCCCAGAGGGACUCUUUUAUGAGUUUGAAGGAAGGAAGUACUGUGAACAUGACUUUCAGAUGCUCUUUGCUCCUUGCUGUCAUCAGUGUGGUGAAUUCAUCAUUGGCCGAGUUAUCAAAGCCAUGAAUAACAGCUGGCAUCCUGAGUGCUUCCGCUGUGACCUCUGCCAGGAAGUUCUGGCAGAUAUUGGAUUUGUCAAGAAUGCUGGGAGACAUCUAUGUCGCCCCUGUCAUAAUCGUGAGAAAGCCAGAGGCCUUGGAAAAUACAUCUGCCAGAAAUGCCACGCCAUCAUCGAUGAGCAACCGCUGAUAUUCAAGAAUGACCCUUACCAUCCAGACCAUUUCAACUGUGCCAACUGCGGGAAGGAGCUGACUGCUGAUGCCCGGGAGCUGAAAGGAGAGCUGUACUGUCUGCCGUGCCAUGAUAAAAUGGGGGUCCCCAUCUGUGGCGCUUGUCGACGGCCCAUUGAAGGGCGCGUGGUGAAUGCUAUGGGCAAGCAGUGGCAUGUGGAGCAUUUUGUUUGCGCCAAGUGUGAAAAGCCAUUUCUUGGACAUCGACAUUAUGAAAGGAAAGGCCUGGCAUAUUGUGAAACCCACUAUAACCAGCUAUUUGGUGAUGUUUGUUUCCACUGUAACCGUGUUAUAGAAGGUGAUGUGGUCUCUGCUCUGAAUAAGGCCUGGUGUGUGAACUGUUUUGCCUGUUCUACCUGCAACACUAAAUUAACACUCAAGGAUAAGUUUGUUGAAAUUGAUCUCAAACCAGUCUGCAAACACUGUUAUGAAAAAAUGCCAGAAGAAUUUAAGAGGCGACUUGCCAAACGGGAGAGAGAAGCAAAGGAUAAGGACAAGCAGAAAAAGAAAAAGCCAGUCUGUUUGUAAACUUUUCUGUCCCUUCUAUCAUCAUUUUCACUACUUUCUUCUUUGGAAUAAAUUUGUGGAGUUUGACAUGAAGCCAGUCUGUAAGAAGUGCUAUGAGAAAUUUCCGUUGGAGCUGAAGAAAAGACUUAAGAAACUAGCUGAGACCUUAGGAAGGAAAUAACUUCCUUUCUUUUGUUUUUUCUCUUCUGUGCAAAGAAAAGAGAUUACCAACAUUAGUUGACUUGGUCCACCCUGUUUAAAGCUGUAUCUCAAAAUAAUUGAGAGUGAAGAGGGCCUAUAUGAAUGGUUUUCUUUAUCUCCUUUUUUUCAUUAAAAAAGAAAAAAAGCUUGUGUAAUCAUAUUUAAAACACAGAUGAGAUCAUGAUGCUUUUGUUAAAUACCCUAUCAGUUUGUUGAAAUGUAGACUAUACUUAACAGCAAAAACACAUGGUUAAAUGUUACAUGUUAAUCAAGGUCCAAAAAAAUUAAUUUAACUUUUAAAAAUGAAAAUAGGGAGUCAGCUUUCACAUGACUCAGAUACAAUAGAAACAUUAUUUUACUUUGUAUUUGAAAGAAAAUAAAUUCCAACAGCUGUUGGGGAGGAUAUAAGGAAGAAAAAUAACCAACCAAGAAAAACAAAUCUUGUAGAAUGUUAGUAUGUUUAUCAAACUAGUAGUUAUAAAAUGAAUAUACACAUUACUAAGACAAGAAACAAGUGCAUUCAAAACUACUUGAUUUCAUUUUUUGUUAAAUUCAAUAAUUACUAUGCUUAGUUUUAUAUUUUGUUCUCCUUGUGAAACUCUUCCUUCAUACAGUUACUUAACAUAGUAGUUAUAGCUAGCUAAUAGUAUGCCUUUUUAAAUUUUUUGCAAAAAAAAAUUUAUACUAGACAUUUGAAAAUUCAGUACACUUUACAAUAUUGGAAAAAAUGAAGUAUUUUUUAAUGGAUUACAGCAAUUAUGCUUCUAAGCUUAAGGUCAAAGAUGUAGUCUUAGAAUAGGACACAAAAUUAAAUUUUAUGUAGCUUAGAAUGUAUCGCUUAAAAACAAGUGAAUUUAUAUGUAUUGGUCUUCUUGCCUUUAUAACCAUGCUGACUAAUAUCUGUGCUUCAUACAUAAUCAAACUUGCCUUGCCUUAGAAACAUACUUAAUUCAGGAAUCCUAGCUGUUUCAUGCAAUACCAAAAAUAAGUGCAUUGAUUGAGAUUUGUAAACCCAAAUUCAUUUGCCACCACUAAGAUGAGAUUUUUUUUCCUCUCCUUUUUUUGGGAAACACAUUGAAAUUAAUUUUUGUCAUUUUAUUAAAAGAAUGAUAUUGAUAUGUGUUUCAAGUUUUUCAUUUCAAAUCUCAUAAUUGGAUUUUAUUUAAGUAGGAGGUAAAAAUGACAUUUUUAAAUUGGAAGGGGAUGUUUAAAUGUCAAUUUUAGAUCAAAAGUAGUGAAUCAUUCUACUUUAUAAAAUGUUUUUUAAAAGUUUAUCCUGAAGUUUCUAGACCAUUCUUUCUUGGCAAACUUGUUUGCAAUGCAAAUUUUGUGAGCAAUUGUUAAAUGUUGCUGCUGCUAUUUUUCAUUUAAAAGUAAGUUCCCAAGACAGACUUCUAAGGAGGAAAGUAUUGUUUUUUUAAAAAAUUGCUGAAAUACUGUUUUGCCAUUAAAAAAAAAAAAAAAAAUCUCAGGAUGCUACUCACUCUGCCAUUAAAGCAUUAAAGUAUGCAUGUAUUUUUUAAAAGUUUGUGCAUGCACUUUACAAGAGUAAAUUCUAUCUUGGUUUUCAGAUAACUUAUAACCAAUUAUUUUUUAGUGUUCUUUUAGAGUUCAAAGAAUUAUCAAUGAUUGAAAAUAAACAAUAUAUAGUUUAAGACUGUAUAUACUCAGAAGUUUAAAACAGUCUUUGCAUUGGACAGUAAGAAUCAAAAUCCCUCUGUGUGCCUUUGUCAGCUAAUAUGUAACCAGCAAGGAAAACCUUGAAAGUAUUUAUUAAAUACUAUACUAUGGAUAUAGGCCAAAUAGUAUAGGCUUUGGCAGUUUGGGGUCUUGAUGCUAAAUUCUCAAAUACCCCUAUGGCAGAAAUAAGGAACAGAAGAGCAACCAUUUACCCAUAGUCUUAAUCAUUUUGAAGAUGCAUGAACUCAGCUCAGCUUGUUUACAUAUCUUACACAGCCAGGCCUCUCCUGUAGCCAGAUGUCCCACUACUGUCUUUGCCCACUCUUUUAAAAUAAGAAUUGGUAUUUCCUGGAAGUUCUAGUACUCUAGGGUAUUUUGUCUAGAUGCAAUACUUCCUUCCUUGAUAAGGGACAUCAUUGGAGCCCUUACCUGUGGGAAAGGAAGAGGAAGUCGAAAAGUUGCAAGUGGAAUAGAAGACUUGGUUGAGUUCAUAAUACUUUUCAUGGGGUUUUCCCUGGCUGUGGAAAAACUCAGGCUAGUAAGCAUUUCUCUGUUUAAAGUCCUACAAGGCAAUUUGAAAUAAUUCAUUGUUCUUGCCUAAUUUCUAAGUGCUCUUUUUCAUACCAAGCCUAACAUAAUUGGGGGAAAUGUCUGGGUACAAGUAAAACAUUCUUUGGAUCAUGUUCAAAGCCUUAUUAAUAUUGUACCUAAAAUGAUAGGUCAUUUUGCCUCACUUGCCAAAAUAGCCAUUUCUAAGUUAAGGAAAUUUUGAGGUAGGCUUACAGCAUUAUUGUUAUAUUUCAUUUUAGAAUGUAAGCUCGAUGGCAGGGACACUAUAUUGUUAAUUAUGUUUUUGUAUAGCAACCAUUGCAGUAUACUCUUGGUGCUUAAUAAAUGUUCAUAAUUAUUAAGAGUAA